AUGGCAGCGCUGAAAUUGAUUUACGUGGUCUUCUUGAUUAUACUUAGGUUUGGAUUCGGUUCUUGUAGAAUCCUCACUGAUGAAAAGGAUCAAGGAACUUUUGAACCUAACAAUCCAGGCUUCCAAGCAGGACUUGGAGGAACAUGGGAAGGUAUUCCCUUUCUAGGCAUCGGACCAGGUGCUGGCUUCCUUGGUAUUGGUAAUGGUCAGGAUUUUGGUAAUUAUGCAAGAGAUGGGAAAGGCGGUUUUGUUCAUGUCAAUGGUGGUAGCUGGAUUCCGUUUUUUACCAUUCCAGGAUUCACUACUGGUAGUGGUAAAGGUGCUAUUGGAGAAGGUUCUUUUGGUGAUGGUGGUGGAGGAGGCGGCAGCGGAUGGUUUGAAGGUGGUAAUAGUGGGCCUAGUGGUUGCAGUUGUGACUCUACCAGGAGUGGUGGAGGUGGCUGUGGAAGCAUCUCCAGUGGAGGCAGAUAUCCCACCCCUUCAAAUCCUUCAGGUUCGCCUGCUACUUGCAGGCCAAUGAAUUGUCCAAAUGAUAGCGUUAGCUAUUGUGAGGGAUAUAGGAUAUACUUUGACAGCAGCGCUCCCUACUGGUGUCAAGUACCAGGGAUCGGUACUCUCCCCUUUUGA